AUGGUCUGUGCAUACGAGGCUAGCCAUCUAAACAUCAUCUCAGCCUUCACCAAGACUACCCACACCCAUCUACACACCAUGUCUCCAAGCAGAGAAGCCACACCACCACCCCAAGAAGGAUUUGCUCUCCUGACCUCGACGCACCGCGAUUUAGUCGAAGCCACCGCCUUCAACAGCUACGGCACGCGCUUCGCAACCGGUUCCGCGGACGGAAAAAUAAAAGUCUACAAUCGACAUCGCGAUGGCUCUUGGAAUCUAUGCGAUACAUGGGGCGCGCAUAAUGGCGGCGAAGUGUUAGAAUUACAAUGGCUACCACCUACUAUUCAUCCUAACCUCAUCGCGUCUAUUGGUACCGAUGGACGUUUUAAGCUUUGGGUUGAAGAUCCCACGUUGCCUCCUAAUAAGGGACGGAGAUUUAAUUCGCAUAAUAAUCGGCCGGUAUGGGAGACGAGAUCGCAUACACGGGCGCCGUUUUUGAGUUUCUCUAUUAAACAUAAUGCUGAGAUUAGACAUACUUAUAUUGCGUUGCUGGAUCGCGAUGCCCAAUUAAUCGUGUAUGAGAAUGAGGAGCCGGAGAAUAUGACGUCGUGGACGGAACUCGAUCGUGUGAAUGUGUGUGAGAAGCCGGCUCGUGGUGAGGAGGUUAGUUUUAAGGUGGCUUUUGAUCUGAAUCUGGAACCGUGUUAUCGGGCUAUUAAGGAGGGGGUUCCGAGAGAUGCGUUGAGUCUCGUGGUUGCUAGUAUGCAUAAAGCGAGUAUUUGGAGAACGAAGGAGAUAUCGCAUACGGUUAGUCUUGGGAGUGCGAGUACGAAGGAACUUUAUCUCGCGGCGGAGUUGAGGGGUCAUCGGGGUUUGGUGAGGGAUGUGGCGUGGGCGGCGGGGAAUAUUAGGGGGUGGGAUGAGGUUGCUACGGCGUGUAAGGAUGGUGUUGUGAGGGUGUUUCGGGUGGUGGCUGGUAGAGAUGCUGAGGGAAUGGGAGGAAGGAGUAGUGAUUUUGAAAAAGUGCCAGAGAAAAUUAUUGCACGAAGUUCGGUGCACAUAGCUAUGGAGAAUGGGGCCAAAAAUGUUCCUUCGGGCAUUGGUGCGGGGUUAGCAGGUCAAAGAACAAGUCGGAAUAGACAGCAAGAAGCUCAAGGUAGGGAUGGAGCCGUCAUUCAUGCAGUGAAGGAAAUUUCGAGGUUGGAAGUUGAUCGAGCGCCGGUUUGGAAGGUGGAGUUUGAUGCUGAUGGACAGUUGUUGGGGUCUACGGGUGAUGAUGGGAAGUUAAUGAUGUGGAGGAGGGAACCAACGGGUAUCUGGAGUAAGAGUGCAGAAUUGGCGAUGAAUAGAGCUUGA